CAAAAACACAAUCAUAACAGCAGGAGUGAUAUCACGACGGAGCGCUCUACGAGCUAAGGUUAUAUAGGUAAUUUUAAAGUGGAUUUCGGUGCUCAGGACCACUGAGCGGCCAUGGAAGAACUUACAGCGUUCGUCUCGAAAUCUUUCGACCAGAAAACCAAGGAGAGCAGUAAGGAGAGUAUCACGUACAGGGAAGUUUUGGAGAGUGGCUUGGCGCGGGCGAGGGAGCUAGGGAACUCGGAGACAAGUCUACAGGACAUAACCGAAGGCAGCAACCACUUCCCAGUACAUCUAUUCAAGGAGCACAUAGAGCUAGAGAAAGAAAAACUCAAGGAGUUUAACGUUUCAAGGGCCACAGAAGGGAUAUAUGAGUGUAAAGAGAAGAAGGAGGACGUAAAGUCUGAGGACGAGGACACACAGAGCAAACUGAAGCAGCGGCGGAGCAGGACAAACUUUACUCUGGAACAGCUCAACGAGCUGGAGCGCCUGUUCGACGAGACUCACUACCCCGACGCCUUCAUGCGGGAAGAGCUGAGCCAGAGGCUGGGACUGUCAGAGGCAAGAGUGCAGGUUUGGUUUCAAAACAGAAGAGCAAAAUGUCGGAAACAAGAAAACCAGAUGCAUAAAGGUGUCAUUCUGGGCACUGCCAGUCAUCUGGAUGCCUGCAGAGUAGCGCCCUACGUCAACAUGGGAGCUCUACGGAUGCCUUUUCAACAGGUUCAGGCCCAGCUCCAGUUGGAGAGCGUGGCUCACUCCCACCAUCACCUGCACCCUCACCUGGCAGCGCACGCACCCUACCUGAUGUUCCCGCCCCCACCCUUCGGACUUCCAAUCGCCUCGCUAGCGGACUCAGCCUCUGCAGCGGCGGCCGUGGCCGCGGCUGCCAAGAGCAACAGCAAGAACUCUAGCAUCGCCGAUCUCCGACUCAAGGCAAGAAAACAUGCUGAAGCUCUGGGUCUCUGACCUCACCGGGCUUCCCCUCCAUUUGCCCCACGCUCUCAUAAUAACCCACUUCUCACACAAGACUGAGCCCAAGACAGACCCGAGUCUGACACUUACAGCUUAAACAAAAACAUUUAAAUAAAAACAAUGAGAGGGAGAAUGUAAGAGAGAGACAGAGAGAGAGAGAAAAAGAAAGACACAGGUAAAGAGAGGGGUAGAGGAUAAGUGGAGGAAGAGGAGGAGGAGGCGGUGGAAGAUGGAGGAUGGAGCGAGAAAAUUGUCACAAAACCAGCUAUCAAAACAACCACUUGUAGAGAGAAAGGUAAAUAAAUACCAAUGAAAUCUCCUUUUACUUUUCGCCCAACAGGCAGGACUUCUGCGGGGCCAGUGGCUCAGUCCACUCCAGGCACACAUCACAAGUCCAGGACCAUACAAACACAUGUGGAUGUCUGUCUGAGCUGAAGGACAGGGCCAGGCCAGGGCCAGGCUAAACCAGGCCAGACCAGACCAGGAGACUUUAGAACAAAGCAAACUGUCAAAGCAAGCAAGCAGGGUGCAAAUACUAGAGCCUCACUGAAUCCGAUGCCGUCACGUUGACUUUACAGACUGUUGCAUGUGUGAGAAAAGACACUGACAACACAAGGCAUUGGACCCGCUCUAAACUUUACACACAAAAAAAAAAGAAAAAAAAAAAGAAGAAGAAAUGGCCACUGUAUUGUUUCCUGCCGCUGCCCAGUGCAUGAGUUUGAUUGCAGGACUGCAGGUCUAUCAUGGAGCCUGGCCUUUAUGUUGUAUCUGACCUAACGCCCCAAUUCUGUUGUAUCACUGCCAUUCAAACCGCCCUCUAUACCCUCAUCCACAAGGUCAAUGGUCAUUUGGGUUUGAUUUCCUUGAAACUUUUGACUGACAGGAAGAAGCAAUUCGAAUUCCUUAUUUUUUCUUCUUUCGGAGGACUAAGAUAUGUGUUGCCAGGAAUAUGUCUGAGUCCAAAUGUCUUUUAGCUUUUCUCCUCACAUUGUUCUCUCUCUCUAGCUUUCUUUCUUUCUGUUUAUAGUGUUAUUUCCUAGGAAUAGAAGUGAAGAUAUUCUUUGCACUUCAGGUUUUGUAUGUGUGCGUUUACAAAUGGCACUACUAGAAGAUACUACUUUACUAAAUGAGGCGGGAAUAGGAACCAAUUUGGUUUUUAUCAUGUCAUCAAAAAGAGACGUUCACGGAACGUUUCGAGGGAUAAAGGGUAUAACUGCAAUUUUUUUUGUAAUUUUUAAAACAUGAAGGAAGCAUCAGUUAAACUGAAAUGCACUUUUGUGCAGUUUAAGUGCAAUACUGUAAAUAUGAAAACGUUUAAAAAUAAUAAACAAAUUGUUCAUUGUUCAUUUUAAACAAAUGAUUUUCAGUCAUUUAUUUCAUGCACUGAUUAAAUCGGUGUGUCUAAUUUCUUUGCCAAACAGAUAUGUUUUUCCUAAAGCAUUGUAUUAUGUUGCGAACUCAUCCUCAAUCAUGUGCCAUAAAUCCAGAGAUUCAAUGGUUUUCAAAUGUAGUUUUGUACACACCAGAACACAAUAAUAGCCUGUUUAGGUAGACAUGAGCACAUGUGUUUCAUGCUGCAGAAAUUAACAAUUGAAAAGCUAGGAUCUGAAAUAAUUUAUCAUAAUUGAUAUGGGACAAAGAAUUUAUGUUACAUUCCACCAAAGAUUCUAACAAAUUGUACAAUAUACAGUGCCUUGCGAAAGUAUUUGGCCCCCUUGAACUU